AAGAACACAAGAGAUUAGCAUUAAUUUUACACAUAAUGUUAAAAUUCCGAAACAAAUAAAGAAGAAUUUUCCUUCUUAUUUGCGCAACGUAAAGUAAAAGAACCGACGAAAGAUAAAAAAAUGAUUUUGUUUCAAUUUUCAAUUUUUGUUUGUAGCAAAAUAUGAGCAUGCUGCAUCUAUUAUCUUCAUACUCGAGGUUUGUAGCGCGAUUCUGGGUAACCUAACCUAUUUCUUUGUUAUUUACUUUAAAGUACACGUGAGUUGAGAGAAAAAUGCAGUUAACAAUGUCGAAAGGAUUUAAUAAAGAAGAAGCGCGUAAAAUGCUUCUGCAAGAGGAACGAUUCAUUUCGCAUGUAUUAUCUGUAAUGCCUCUAUCGACACGCGAAUUAGAUGAAAAAAAUUCUACGUCAACGAAGGAAAGAGAGCCUACAACAAAAAAAGUGAAGACUUUUACUGUACCAGGCAAGAAAACGAAAAGAGCAGCUUCCUUUAAAGAACUACAUGCAAAAUUAGAGGAGUUAAAGGGUGUAAAGUUGGAUUAUAAACAGAAGCUUCUUAAGAAAACUUUGAAAAAUAGACUCAAGAAGAAGACGAAAAAAGAAGAGCGUUUGCUACAGAGGAAGCUUGCUAGGGUAGAACAGAAUAAAGCUGGUGGUAGUAAAAUAAAGACUGAAGAUGAGGAGAUACCGAAAGUGUCAAAACCAAAGCCAGUUUUCAAUUCGGAGGGUAAAAUGGUGUUUAGUAAAUUUGACUUCUCAGAGAUUGGCGUAAAGAAGAAAUUACCUAAAAGUCAGAAUGACCCUAAAAAGAUGUUACAACAACUACAACAGAAAAAGGAAAAAUUGAAGCAGUUAGAAGACUUAGGCGAUAAGGAACAAGCUGAACACAUUAGAGAGAAAGACGCAUGGAAAUCUGCAUUGGCAAAAGCAUCUGGUGAAAAAAUUAAAGAUGAUUCCGAGCUGCUGAAACGUACUAUAAAAAGGAAUGAGCAGAAGAAGAAACACAGCUCAAAGAAAUGGAAUUCCAGGAUAGAGAGCGUACAGAAAUCUAUUCAGGAGAGGCAAGAAAAACGCCGAGAAAAUAUCAUGAAAAGGAAGAAGGAGAAGAAACAGAAUAAAUUGAAAAAAUCAGCGAAGAAAGGACGCGUAAUAUCCGGAGUUUAGCCGUCGAUUAAUUACACGUAGCUAUAAUUUGUAUCAAAUUUACUCUAAAAUUUAUGUUACUACGUAUACUUGAUUAUCUAAAACCAUUCUAUUCAUUGAUCUGAUAUAGAAAGACAUUCUAUCCUGUGUUACAUUUGUCUAGCUAGAACAAUUGAAUUUUUAUAAGUGUACAUAUUGAAUGACGUACUUGUGUACAAUAUCAAUCUAUAUAAUACAGCCACAAAUAAUAACUUUA